AUGUCAAAGUCAUACCCUAAACCAGUGAGACUGGGAAAUUCAGGCUUAAAAAUUUCACCUAUUUUGGUGGGUUGCAUGUCCUAUGGGUCCAAGGAUUGGGCAGAAUGGGUCAUUGAUGAGAAGGAAAAAAUCUUUGAGAUCCUAAAGCACUGCUACGAUAGUGGUAUGAGGACCUUCGACACUGCUGAUGUAUAUUCUAAUGGUCUAAGUGAACGUAUCCUAGGGGAGUUUUUGAAGCAUUAUAAGAUCAAAAGAGAAACUGUUGUUAUCUUAACGAAGGUCUAUUACCCUGUAGAUGAGAGCCUAAAGCUUACACACUCUGCAAAAAUCAGUGAAUCUGACAUGCUUGGACUGGUCAACCAAACUGGUCUGUCUCGCAAACAUAUACUUGAGGCUGCAAAGAAUUCUGUCGAAAGAUUAGGAACUUACAUCGAUGUCUUGCAGAUCCACAGAUUGGACCACGAUACACCCAUGGAAGAGAUUAUGAAAGCCCUAAAUGAUGUUGUGGGGCUAGGGUAUACUCGGUACAUUGGUGCUUCUUCAAUGUUGGCCACUGAAUUUGCCGAGUUACAGUUUAUUGCAGAAAAACAUGACUGGACCAAGUUUAUAUGUUCACAGUCAUGUUACAGUCUUCUUUAUCGUGAAGAUGAACGUGAGUUGAUUCCAUUUGCCAAAAAACAUGGAAUAGGUUUAAUACCUUGGUCUCCCAACGCGAGAGGUGUUUUGACAAGACCGCUCAAUCAGGAAACAGAUAGAAAAAUUUCAGAUCCUACCCUUAAAAGAUUAAAGUUUGACUGUCUGGAAUCCCAUGAGAAGAGGAUCGUUAAUCGCGUGGAAGAAGUUGCGAAAAAGAAAGGUAUCUCGAUGGCUAUGGUGUCCAUUGCCUGGGUUUUGAGUAAAGGCGCUUGCCCUAUUGUUGGAUUAAACUCUAUUGAAAGAGUGGACGAGGCUAUCAGGGCAGUGGAUGUGCAGUUGACUGAAGAGGAGAUUCAAUAUUUAGAAGAGUUAUACAAGCCAACGUACUUGAAAUACUAG